AUGGCAGGAAAUAUUGUCAAAUGGUGGAGACACAAAAUACUCGGAGGAUAUAAGCAAUUUUCAGUGCUUCAAGAAUGCCAGACAGACUCUGAGGAACUGAUAUACCAAGCACGUGCUCCCUCGUCGUGUAGCGCGCCGCCAGACUUACUCAUUGGCAGUGACCCAGAACACAAAAUCAUCAACAAAAGCGGCCGCAAAAGUCCUUCGUCGCAUACGAAGAAACAGCGAAAGGAAAUUAAUCGCAACCGAAAGUCAACAGCACUCGGCAAGGACGGCAGUAAUGACGGUGGUUCCGACGAUCGUGUGAGAUUAGAGGAAUUUACCUGCGACGUCAGUUUGGAGGAUGACAGCAAACAACAGCCGCUUCAGUUCUCCUUCACGCUGUACGACUUGGAUGGCCAUGGCAAAAUAACCAAAGAUGAUAUCGCGGGAAUUGUCUCGACGAUUUACGAAUCGAUCGGCAAGUCUGUCGUUGUGCCGCAUUACGGCAGCAAAACCAUCAACGUUCGCUUAACCGUUUCGCCCGAUUCGAAAACCAGACCGCACUAUAACAACACGAAAAAAGACGAAAUAUCUCGGCGAAACCGGUGUCGCCCAAGAAAACUCAUUUCCGAUGAAGAUGAAGUCGAUGAGGAAAAUUGCAGCGAAACGUCGUGCGAAAAGCAACGAAAACGCAACGAUGAGACAAAUCGUCUGUCGAAAGACUGUUCGACGACAACAACUGCCACAACAGCUACCGAUUCGGAAAAUCGCGAAUUAAUGGCGAACAACAAGACACGCGUUUGCUUCAACGACACCUCAAACGAGUGUUUCAACAACAAAUUAACGAAUGUCAAGCAGAAUGGCACGCCGCGACGCGACGACAUCUACGAAAACGUGAACAAUCUGAAGGCGAAGCAAGACGAGGACUAUUUAAUUGACAUGAACAGUUGCCAUAAUGAGGAAUACAAGAACAAUGACAUCGAUAAUUGCAAUAUAAUCUGCAAGGAAUGUCCCGUGGAGUCGUGUCCGUUCGAUCUGGUCGUGCAAAAAAGCAACAAAAAGCGUCUCAUACGGAAAUCCAGAUCGCGCAAACAGAAAAACGUCUCAAAUGACGCCAAUGUGAAGCCUCGUGCGAGAAGUCUCUCGGUUGGACAUGAAAAUUUGUGGAAAAAUGACAUUCGGAAUGAGGAGCAACAAUGCUGGAAAAGCCCAUUGAAGCGACAUGAACUAAUUGAGAUCAUCCGAGAAAGUAUGGAGAAGAAUCGUUUGUGUUUUCAACCCAAUAGAAAAUCCAUUGAAACUCCAACGAAACACCGAAAUCGUUCGCACACGAUGACAACGAAGGUCAUUGAUGCCCUCAACCAAGUCAAUGUCACGCCAAAACACGUUUCCAACGGCAGCGCUCAUCACGAAUCCAAUCUCUGUGGCUACGAUUCCUUCCUGCACGCCACAAUUUGCACAAAUGCCAAAAACGGAGUACAUCUCUCUUCGAGCCCAAUGGUCAUCACGGGACCCAAUCGUCUUACCCAUCAUCACAACAAAAAUCGUCUUCGCACCAAACAUCAUCACACAAAUUAUCAUCAAGUUGCUGCACCGCAAACGCAACAUCCGUCACGCGAAACGGCACCCAUGAAGCUCAGCACGUCGCUCCUGAACCAACUCAACCCAAAUCUCUCGGCGGAACAAAAGAUAAAUCGCAGUAUUAACCAUGUCGAGUUGUGGCUCGAGACGAAAGACAUUCGCGGAAGUCAAACCAACAACGAAUUGAUCGUCAUGAAGAACACGCUCGACGACAAAUCGUGUCUCAAUAACAACAAUCACGUAAACAACAACAACAAACCCACAAAUUUGGAUACGCCGCCACGCAAAAAUAACGAUUUCACCGAAACCGAACUGAAAAUCACGGAAGAUGACUUUGUCGACAUUGUCUCACCAAAGAAAACGUUCAACAAGGAGGUCCUGAUUUCGUCCGCGACACGCAAACACAUCAAGACCCAACACAACAACGUCGACAACGAACCAACGACGCCCAAUAAUCAACGAACGGACACCUCAAAAACGUACGUUUUGGAGUAUGCUUCGAUUCCCGUCACUGCUGAGCCAAGCGAAUGCGAAAAUUUACUUUUGAAAGACGCGGAAGACGAGAACGGGGCACAACCUACAACGCUCCAAGCGAACGGCAGCGGCACAGAAAACGCUGGAUCAACAACUACCUCAAACACAACGCCAUCUACCGUGCAUCGAUAUGUCCACAUUCACCAUCAUUAUCAUCACUUUAACGCAGAAGAUGAGGAAUGAACGAACCAACGAACUAUUUUUAACUCAUAAGCCAUCAAGUCACACAAAAAAACUUAAAUUACUGAGAAAAAAUCGUCCAGAGUAUUCUUUGAUCUACCAAUAAACUUAGCUUAGCUUUUAGCUUCCAAAUGUGGCUUUCAAGCCUCGCUUCCUAUAACUCCUUCCUCAAAUAAAAAAAAAAACUUUUCAACCAAAAGGGGAACAAUCGAGCUUAUAAAUCGUAUACGAAAAAUAUUUCACUCAAUACUCAAAAAUAAUUUUUUUACAAGUACCAACGCAGGUAAAUCCAAUAAAAUUACGAUAAAAAUAGUUAAAAAAAUACAAGACUGAUACUCUGGUAGUUAUAUUAGUUUUAGCUUUUAUGUAUAUUUUAUAGAUUUUUUAU